GUCCACAUCUCCGCACACGUACACCGAGCUUUGCGUUGCGACGUUGCGACUCCAGGAUUACAGCACACUAUUGUCGCGAGCACGUGGACCUUGUUGUUGUACUUUAGAUUUCUCGAUGCUCAUUUCACCAUUGACGCGAUGGUGAACUCAACGAUCGCGCAUCGCACUCAGCCUGAGCAGUGAUUGAUGUCAUUUGCAUGUUGCGAUACUAUUGCUAGGACCCUCAUUUUGUUUACCCCAAGAACAAUCAACGAACGUCAGUAUAAGCACGACUCCAUCGUUCAAUCGCAAGCAUGCUUCCACAGCUGCAUUAUGGCAUGACAGACUGCUUCUCUGGAGAGAUACAUGCAGAACACCUUUGGCAACAUCCAGCUUCCCAUUGGUAUGUUAUUUAUAGCCUGUUGUUUUGCUAGGAUAAAUCUUUCGCGACAAACACAACUGAUCUCAGCUCUCCAACAACGCAAACUCUCUGUUGAUCUCACCACAUCCGGUUGCUGGUAUAGUUUGCUGGUAACCCUUCAUUUCAGAGAGAGUUGGCGUAUAUGUAACACACGAUUACUGGCGUUGCUUAGACGGAGCCUUCACGAGUCGAAACACCUACAAUCAAGCUAUGUCGCUGAACAUACAAUGUUAUCCAACAUCAGUCCCAGAAGCUGUACUUUGGAUUUUCAAAAUAUGCCUGCUGAUGCAAACACAUCUCCCUGUUACCCACUGAGGUUAGUACUCUAUCAACAUGGUUAUUGUGUUCUGUUGGGAUUUUGGUUUGUCGACAGCGAAGCAGCUCUGCUUGAUCUACUUCGAUUUGAGUUACUGGCCUUUGGCUGGGUUCCAACGGUCUUCUCAGUACGAUUUGCGUGUCCUGAUGUUGAUGAACUAGCUCGACCUUGAAGGACGGUGGAUUCGAAUCUGCCAAUCGUCAACAGUUAGAUG